GAAACCCCGAGAAACAGGGUCAUCGUGUGCACGCAGCCGCGGCGCGUCGCUGCCGUGACGAUCGCGGGUCGCGUGGCCCAGGAAAUGGGCUGUCGGGUCGGGGAGGAGGUGGGCUACGCCGUCCGGUUCGAGGAGAAGUGGGACCCGGAGCGCACCAAGAUCAAGUUCGUCACGGACGGACUGCUGCUGAGAGAGACCAUGCGGGACCCGCUGCUGUCGCGCUACUCAGUCGUGAUGCUGGACGAGGCUCAUGAGCGGAAUUUGGAGACGGACUUGCUGCUCGGGCUGAUCAAGAAGAUCCAAAGGAAGCGGCCGGAUCUGCGGGUGAUUAUCGCAUCGGCGACGUUGCAAGUGGACACUUUCGUGCGGUUCUUCCGCUCAAAGAGGAAGGAUAUGGGGCAGAACGGUGAAACUGGGUCAACCAAGUCGUCGCCGGUGCUGAAGGACGUCGUUGCAGUGUCAGUGGAAGGACGACAGUUUCCCGUGGACAUUGAGUACCUCCAGGAACCGUGUGGCGAUUAUCUGCAGAAAGCUAUCGACACAGUGCUGGCAAUUGACGAGCGUGAAGGGGAAGGUGACGUACUGGUGUUCCUACCUGGCCAAGAAGAGAUCGAUUUCGUCGUCAGAGCGCUCAACGACAGAGCCCCAACUCAUAUGCUGCCUGUGCCUCUGUACGGGACGCUGCCACUGCACAUGCAGCAGAACGCAUUCUUGCCGGCGCCUCGAGGAGUGCGACGCAAGGUGAUCGUGGCGACCACUAUCGCCGAGACGUCCGUGACUAUCGAGGGUGUCGUCUUCGUGGUGGACGGGUGCUUCACCAAGCUUGCGUUUUUCAACCCGCUCACAGGAGUGGAGGCGUUGCUUACAGCGCCUGUAUCUAAGGCUUCGGCAAAGCAACGAGCUGGACGCGCAGGUCGGUCACGCCCCGGGAAGUGCUUUCGCCUCUGCACACAAGAGCACUUCCGGACCAAACUCGCCAAGGAAACCAUCCCGCAGAUGCAGCGGACGAAUCUGGCAACCGUGGCGUUGUACUUGCUGAGCAUGGGCAUUCAGGACCUGGCACACUUCGAUUUCGUGUCGUCUCCGUCGCCAGAAGCUCUGAUCCGCGCUCUGGAGCUGUUGUUCUCGCUUGGAGCCAUCGACACGGACUGCCGUCUCGUAGAUCCACUGGGCACACAAAUGGCCGAGUUUCCAGUGGCUCCAGCGCUCGCCAAGGUGCUGUUGUCGUCGUUCCGCUUCGACUGUACACGCGAGAUACUGAGCAUUGCCAGUGUCUUAUCAGUUGGAGAUGUUUUCCUGGCUUCACGCGGUUCCAGAGAGCGACAGGAGAAAAUCGCGGAGGCCAUGGAGCAUUUUGCUCAUCCGGAUGGUGACCACAUGAUGUACCUGGCGAUAUACGACGAGUUCGUGGACAACAACAAAAGCCGCUCGUGGUGUGACGAGUACUUGCUGAGCCAUCGCGCACUGUUGCGAGCUACGGAGAUUCGGCGGCAUCUCAAGCGGUACGUGACUCGCUUCAAGUCGCUUGGAAAUGGCAACGGCGGCGAGGAAGACUAUGUGAGCCUUGGCAGUGGCAACGACGAAGACGACAAGGCUCGCAGUGCCGUCAUCCGCAAGUGCCUGGUCAGUGGCUACUUUGCGAAUGCUGCUAAGCUGCACGCGGACGGAGUGUACCGCACCCUGCGCGACCAGCGACCGGUGCAGCUCCACCCGACGUCCGUGUACUACCACAUGGGCACGCUGCCCGACUGGAUCCUGUUCCACCAGAGCGUGCUCACCACGGAGGAGUUCGUGCGCGACGUGUCCCGCAUUGAUCCGCGUUGGCUCGUGGAUCUCGCACCCGAUUUCUACCGUGCCAAGGAAGUGAGCGGAGCGAUAUCGGGCAGCUCUGGAGCGCUGGGGUUACCGUCCGCUCCGUCAUCGACAGUGUCAAAGAACAAGAAGCAGAAAACCGCCAAGGAGCCCGACACUCCUCCUCGAGCAGCUACCGGCGCCGAUGGCCGCAUCCUGUUCCGAAAGCCGAAGCGCUCAGGCCAAGACGCCAAGUCCAAGCUGCCCGUGCACAUCGGCAAGAGCAAAGGAGGACUGCGCUCGCAGUUCUAGGGUGGAGGAGGAGGAGGAGAAGGACGACGACGACGGACUUGCAACACACAAGGCGGACGUUGGAGGACCGUGAUUUUUCCCGUCACGAAAACGUUCAUUACUAUCGAUACAGCUACUGU